GCCAUUUGCAAACAAUCGAAAUCAAUCGUCACGACAUUCAGCGAUUCAACGAGAGAUAUUCAUCGCAGCUGGACGGACAUCACAAAAGCACUUUGACCUCAACAGAUCAACGGAACGCACAAUGCCUCCUCCAAAUGCCGGCCCAAUGCUUCGCAGCACAUUUAGAGCGGCAUUGACACGACAAGAGGCGCCACUGUGCCUGCAGAGGACAAGACGCCAACGGAUACCGGAAUAUUCCUCAUUUCGAGACAGAACAAUACACACAUCCAGCAGACAUUCAUACGCCGCUCCAAAAUCGAAAGAUCGUGGACCCAAGAGCGAAGAAGACACCCAGACCGACUUCUCCGCCAUGGACAUUCUCUCAAAUACGCCUCCUCCCACAACAGCCGUAGACGCUUGCAUAGAAGACGGCUUCGCCCUCGACUCUGGUCUGAGGAUCUCCGGCGCUGGUGUACUACUUGUAGGCGGAGAAGCGUUCAAGUGGCGGCCGUGGGUUCGAGACGGUCGGAAAGAGGGUACAAUUGGCGCAGGAGCAGCAGGAGAUGACGAUAAAGGUGUCUCAAGCAUGGCAGGAAAGCUUCAAAACGCAAAAGGACAAUGGGAAGUGGACAGACACGUUUGGGGAAUUCUGGACUUAGCUUGGCCGAAGCCAGAUCUAUUGAUCG